UAUGUGUGAACUUGAAUGUUGUCCUUACUCAGAGCGUCUGUCGCUGGGGUGACCCGUUGCUCUUCUGGCCAAAAGAGCCUCGAAACGGACUUUUCCAUCUGGGAACCAGAAGUGAUCGGCUUUAUGGGAUGGAAAGAACUGUUCUUAAGUCCCUCGUUUUACCCAACCAGUAUCAAGAUAAUUCAUUGUCAAGAUUUUUCUCCAGGAAUAUGUUGAUCAUCAUUGGCUUCUCCAUUAUUGGGGUUCUGAUUGCUUUGAUCACUGUUGCUCUGACCCAGAACAGACCAUUGCCAGAAAACCUGAAGUAUGGAAUUGUGCUGGAUGCCGGCUCUUCUCACACAAGUUUGUACAUCUAUGCAUGGUCAGGAGAAAAAGAAAAUGAUACAGGAGUAGUGUCUCAGAUAGCUGAAUGCACAGCACAAGGUCCUGGUAUCUCAAAAUUUGUCCAUAAGAUAAAUCAGCUAGCGACUUACCUGACUGAAUGCAUGGACAAAGCCAAGAAAGUAAUUCCAUUUUCCAAGCACCAUGAAACACCUGUUUACCUAGGAGCCACAGCAGGCAUGCGAUUGCUCAGGAAUGAAAAUGCACAGCUGGCAGACGAGGUCAUGAAUGAGGUGUCGAAGAGCCUUAGCAGUUAUCCCUUUAACUUUCGGGGUGCCAGGAUCAUCACAGGGAGUGAGGAGGGUGCUUUUGGCUGGAUUACUAUCAACUAUCUAAUGGGCAAAUUCACUCAGAAAGUUUCUUGGUUUCCGGUAAUUUCAGAUGAGGAAGAUAAUCAGGAUAUCUAUGGAGCUUUAGACCUUGGGGGUGCUUCUACACAAAUCACUUUUGUGCCCUCGAACUACAUUAAUGAAUCUACAUCAGAUAUUCUUCAUUUUUUACUCUAUGGCAAAAACUAUGAUGUAUAUUCACACAGUUUCCUAUGUUAUGGGAAAGAUCAAGCUCUCCUGAAGAAACUGGCCAAGGACAUUACGAGUACAAACGGAAUCAUCAAAGACCCAUGCUUUCACCCUGGAUACAAUCAGGUAAUGAAUGUGAGUGAAAUUUUCAAGACCAACUGCACGGAUGAAUUUCGCAAGAAUCAUAGCUUCGAUCAGGUUGAAAUCCAGGGUACUGGUAACUUUAGUAGAUGCCAGCAAAGCAUCAAUGAACUCUUCAACUCAAGUUACUGCCCUUACUCCCACUGUGCAUUCAAUGGGGUUUUCAUGCCACAAAUCAAGGGGAAUUUUGGGGCAUUUUCAGGUUUUUACUAUGUGAUGGAUUUUUUAAACCUCACAUCAGAGUCCUCUUUGAAUAAUGUUAUUAACAAACUGGAGUUUUUCUGUUCAAGACCUUGGAAAGAGGUCAAGGAAAAUUUUGCUAAUGUGAAGGAGAAGUAUCUAAGGGAAUAUUGCUUUUCUGGCACGUACAUCGUCUCUCUCCUUAUAAACGGCUAUCAUUUCCCAGAUACAUCCUGGUCUUCUGUUAAGUUCAUGGGCAAGGUUUAUGACAGCAAUGUUGGGUGGACUUUGGGCUACAUGUUGAACCUGACCAACUUGAUCCCAGCUGAGCAGGUGUCAACGGCACCGCUAUCCUAUCCCACUUAUGUCUUCCUCAUGGUCUUCUUCUCAUUGAUCCUGGUUGCACUGAUCAUCUUUUCUGUGAUUGUCUUUCACAAGCCAUCGUACUUCAAUAAGGAUUUGGCAUAAGAGCAGCCCCUGAAAUCUGCUGGCUAGAAUACAAAAUGAAACUUUUCUGGGGAGCACAUUCCUCCACAGUGAUGUACAGCAAGUCCAUCCAUCCUUACUCACCGAGACCAGGCUUGGCGUGCUUCUCUGAAACUUGCUCAAACCCUUCCCUGGGAAGUAGUCACCAUCUUCUGCCUCAGGACCAUCUGGCAGAUGUCAUCUCAAUCAAGAGUCCCAGUUCCUCCUGUCCUCGUUCGUAUUUUAUACUUGUAUAGAUCUAAAGUGCUGCCACCUUUUAAAUUUGCUUUAUAUAAAAAACUGAGAGUUCUGAGUUCUGAGUACUGUGCUGGGAAGUUAUUCUGGUUAAAAGGAAAAAUCUCAGGAAACGACUUCAUUACACUUAUAGGCCCUUUCCCCAGCUUCCCAUCUAAGAAAGCCAUAGUUUCUGGAUAGGGCAUACAUUUCAUUCUCACCCUGCUCUUUGUAUAGGAGAAUUUUCUAGGAUAGGCCAAUACAUGCUAGGGCCAAUGAGGCUUCCAAGAGAAUUUGUGUACUUGUACAGUUACACAAUAUUUAGUCCAAUCCAAAGCAGGGAUGUGGAUGGGUCACAUUUUCCUGAGUAAUGCCAAAAUGCUAGAGUGGAACACUCAGACCAGGGAUUAUUUUUUUUUCAAAUGCUGUUGCACUUUAGCAUCCAGAUAGCAACAGAAUACUACAGGGUAGAAAUAAUAUCAGUAAUAAAAACAAUUACAACUCAGGUUUGAAAAACUAUCUUCCAAUGCAUUUGUUGUUUUGUUUUUAAUUGAGGUUUUAUUGAACUCAGCAUUUUAACAUGUACUAUUCUGUGGCUUUUAGUUCUUUCACAAUGUUACAUACAACUAUCACUCUUAUCUAAUCCCAUAACAUUUUUUUAUCACCAAAAAGCUGUUUAGAGACUAGAUCAUUUCUGGGUAGUUUCAAACCUCUAACUUUUCAGUUAAUAGUAUAUAUGCUAACUAACUGUUCCACGAGGAUGCUAAUUUAGUUUUAAUAGGCAAAAUUUUAUAUUUUUGUCCCAGCAUUUAACUUAAUGGGAGAGCCUCAUUGGUGGACUGGCACACCUUUUGUCAUCAUGAAUUUGCACAUCAAAAUGUGCUAAGAAACAUAUUCAAAAGUGUUAUUGCUAUCCCUGCCUCGGAAAAGUAGCUAUGGACCUUGUCAUGGAAAAGAGAUCCUGUACCAGCUCUUUUUGCUUGUUCAUUUGUUUGUUUCUGGGACACUGAUGCUUAGGAGUUACUCCUGGCUCUGCACUCAGGGACCACUCCUGGCGGCCUCUGGGUACCAUGUGGGAUGCUGGGGAUUAACUCAGGUCAGCCAUGUGCAAGGCAAAUGCCUUACCUGCUGUACUAUCUCUCUGAACCCCUGUACCAUCUCCUUCGAAGGAUUGCUUCUAAGAAUUAUCUGUUGAGCAUGAUGGAGUGACAAUGUUACUUUGAUUUUUUCCCUUAUACUCUCUCUCUGUAACUAUUUAACUCAUGCAGUUAAAUAGUGUGAGGCAGCUUCUCCACAAACCAGUAAUCAAAUGUCUCCACCUCUCCAAUCUCUGUCUCUGUCUAUUUUUUUUUAACAA